CCGUCAAUUAAGAUAUCUUUUAUUGAAUAAUUAAGAUUAAUAAAUUCUACAGAUAGUCUGAUAAACAUUUGGUAUAUACAGUGAUGGUCAUAUAAUUAAGAACGUUUAAUAAUACAAAGCUAAUACAUACUAUGUUUUGACCAUAAUUUCAGUGCAUGGUUCGUUUCUAAACAUAGUCUGUUAGUGUUGUUGAAUAUUCUUAAGAGCGAUCUGCAUUUUUCAUUUUAAGCUUUUUUAACAAGCACAUGUGAAAGUCGAAAGCCAUGCCAUCGGUUCGCAGUCUACGGCUUGAGAGCCUGCUUGUACUGAGAAGAACCGGAUUAUUCGAGUCGAACUUGGUCUCAAUCAUUGAUCUGGGGCUAAAAUGAGAACAGUAAGAUCCCUCGGUGCUAACUUGAGGUUUUCGAAAUACAUGACCCACGCCGCACUAAUGGUUGAAGCGAAGCGUCUCAUUCAUACUGACAGGGACAUUGCUAGAGCUGUAGGCCUCAAGCCGAUGACAUCAGAAAACAGGACAAUAGUAGCUUUAGAGUUACAUAGUGACGAGCAGAGCAGAAAACCUGGAAUCCUAGUAAUCGGAGGACUUAAUGGAAUGGCUUGGGGAUCGCCCAAUGCGAUACUGGAACUAGCAGACAAAUUGCUGUAUGAUACAAACUAUCAAACGCCAUUUUUCAACGAUUAUGAUUGGUUCCUGAUACCGAUGGGUAAUCCGGACGGAAUCAAUUUCACCCAAAGCUUGCGAAAACUUACGCCAGUGGACCCCUUGAUGUGGUCUCAAAAUUUGACUGCUAGAAACGGCACUCGCCCUACCCAUUGGUACAAAAACGUUGACAGAGAAGCAAAAGAAGGACCUUGCUUCGGUACUAACGUGAAUAGAAAUUUCGCUUAUCAUUGGCAAGAUGAUGUGCAUAAAACGCCAGAACGUUGCUCGCAAUUAUAUCCAGGCGCUAAGCCGUUUUCCACUACCGAGGCGCAGGCGAUACGGAAGUAUGUCGACCGAUUGGCAAAUAUUGUUCACCUGGCAAUACACUUACAUGCCAGUUUUGUCCCCAAAAAGGAAUACAUAUUAUACCCGUGGAGAUUUUCUACACGCGCACCCAGUAAUUACCGCACACUACAGGACAUCGGAGAGUACGCAGCCAGGCAAGCACGACUAUCCGAUGGGCGUCUUUACGAGGUACAUCAAAGCAGCGAUGACCAGCGUGUAGCGGGUUCGCUGAGCGAUUACCUGUCAGGUGUAGUCGGUAUUGACUUAGUCUACCUCAUAAAACCAUACCACCCACUGUACCCCAACUAUUCCGAUACUACAAUACUUGAAACGUAUGUGAAAAAAUCACUGACGUCUAUGUUAAGCAUUGUACGUGGAUGGCGAAGCAGCACCAAACUCAAUACAUUAUCCUUUUUCGGUAGGGAUGUUGAAUUUUAA